GCGCGCGGUAGGUUCGGACGCGACCGCGGCGGAGGUGUGGGGCCACGCGCACGCGCUCAAGUUGCCGGUGCAUCGCGACGCGGCCGUCGGACGCCACCAGUGAGUGACAUGCAGUGAAUCCUCCCGUGCCAGUGUCGUGUCAUCGCAGUCGACCUCUACCGCUGGCACCAUGGACGCACCGACGUCAUCGUCAGCUGUAGCUGGGACUUCGUCCUCCGCAGCGGAGACUACGCAGCAGCAGAUGGAGCAGCAGAAACUGUUGCAGCAGAUUCGGCAGCCCGUCAUCGUGGCUACGGAGACUGUCACCCACGAACUCACAUACGGUAAGAUCCUGUCCACAAUUCCACUUCUUGUAAUGUGGAACUUUCGUCUCGUCUUUGACCAGUUUACCAACACAGCAGAAUUAAAUUACUGGUUCGUAGCACAAUUCCAAGAUGGGAAAUUCUUGCAGAAAUGCGAUCAUGCAAUGUUUUCUUGUUUAUCACUGACCUACAGGUAUUAUGCGGACUCUCCAAUAAAUUUGGGUUGUGUCUGA